AUCAUGCGUUGGUAUAAAAGGAAUUUUGCCGGGGCGGCGUCCGUAAUUACAUGUUGACUAAGUCCUCCCGUUUGCCGUCUCAGGUGAACUGAGGAAAGCGGAAGAAGAAACUAUGCAUUACUGGGUGAAAGCUUCUCCCUCUGAUUUCUCCGGAACUCUUCCUAAACCUCGCAGUGGCCACUCCGCUGUUAACAUCGGAAAUUCGAAGAUCGUCGUGUUUGGUGGCCUCGUCGACAAGAAAUUUCUAAGCGACAUCGCUGUUUAUGACAUCGAAAAGAAAUUAUGGUUUCAGCCAGAGUGCACCGGCAAUGGCUCAGAUGAACAAGUUGGUCCCAGCCCACGAGCUUUUCACAUUGCUGUUGCAAUUGAUUGCCACAUGUUUGUCUUUGGUGGACGUUUGGGUAGCAAAAGGAUGGGAGAUUUCUGGGUUCUAGACACUGAUAUCUGGCAAUGGUCUGAGCUAACUAGUUUUGGUGAUUUGCCUUCACCAAGGGACUUUGCCGCAGCCUCUUCUUUUGGGAACCGCAAAAUUGUCAUGUAUGGGGGGUGGGACGGUAAGAAGUGGUUGUCUGAUGUAUAUGUCCUAGACACAAUGUCACUUGAAUGGACUGAACUUUCAGUUUCUGGAUCACUGCCUCCUCCAAGAUGUGGCCAUACUGCAACUAUGCUUGAGAAAAGGUUGCUUGUCUAUGGUGGAAGAGGAGGUGGUGGGCCAAUACUGGGCGACUUAUGGGCUCUAAAAGGACUAAUUGAAGAAGAGAAUGAAAGCCCUGGAUGGACUCAGUUGAAACUUCCAGGUCAAGGUCCUUCUCCCCGUUGUGGCCAUACCAUUACAUCAAGUGGACAUUAUCUACUGUUAUUUGGAGGACAUGGGACUGGUGGUUGGCUUAGUCGCUAUGACGUUUACCACAAUGAUUGCAUUGUGUUGGACAGGGUGACUGCUCAGUGGAAACGGUUGCCUACUGGAAAUGAAGCUCCUUCAGCGCGGGCAUACCACUCAAUGAACUGUAUUGGAUCACGUCAUUUGUUAUUUGGUGGUUUUGAUGGGAAAUCAACCUUUGGUGAUUUGUGGUGGUUAGUUACUGAAGAGGACCCCAUUGUAAAGAGGUUGUUUUCCACAUCAUCCAACGAUCUCCCUCAAAAUAAGGACUCGACAUCAUUGAACAAAGAUUCCAAUUCCGCACACGAGGAUUCUCAUGGGAGGCAUAAUGCAGUAGUAGAGUUAGGAAAAAGUUUGGGGAUUACCAUCUCAUUCUCAAGUCCGGGUCUUCCAGUUGUAGACGAGAUGGAUGAUAAAGAGUUCCUUAACUUAGCAUACAGUUUAAGUGAGGUUAAACCUUCCAUCUCUGGACGUGCUACACAUAUUCAGGCCAUCGAGGCACUUCGAAACCAUUGGAGGAAUUCUAAUCCUAGGUUAAUUCCACUGAAAGAGCUUGGGCCAUUACUACGUGAUUACCAGCGCUUGAUCACUCAUAAUUAUUUUGCAAAUGAUGGGCCUCGGUCAGAAUUCAUCAGUACCAGUCUUCCUGGAAAGGAUGCUUAUCAAUUUUAUCAUAUUAAUGACUUCCGUCAGUUACGUAUGGACGAUAUCCCUAAGCUUUUGACAGAGUACAAACAGCUUCGUCUACCUGAUUGAUGGUUUUUCCAACGUAUUUUCUCCUCGGAAAGCAAGCCUAUUUCUUCUUUAUACAUGUUUGCUUUGGUGAUAUUGAUCGGUCUGGUUGUGGGCUUUUAGAUGGCCAGAGCUUUUCACCUUUUGCUUUUGCUUUAAAACUUUCUUUCCAAUGCACUCUCUGUAAUUACAGGUCUGUUUUUUCUUGGAAAAUGUUUGAAAGAGAAUACACGUAUGAAAUGCCCUGAGGAUGUCUGAAUAUUUGUUGCCUUUUUUAAUUUGUUUAGAGAUGUUAGUGGGCAAUUAUCACUCUAGAAAAAAAGAGAUUCAUAUUUCAAUAUAUUAAUUAAUUGUUUUUUCUCUA